GCUGCCGCAGGCUGUACUACAAUGUGCCCGUCGGCCGGUGAUUGUGAAAUCGUCCGGCCUCGGCUGCCAAACGUGGCUUUCGGAAUUAAUCAUCUCGCGAUUAACCGCGCUCAAUCGGCCGUAGGAACGUUAAACUGCAUUUAUAGGAACCGCCGCGACGCGGCGUCCGUAUUGUUGACAUUGCACGUCGCCGUUGCCGCGGCAAAUUAAAUCGCGCGAUUACCGAAGGGGACGACAUCGCGUCUCUGUGACGACAAAUCGCCAAGUGGACGUUUCUGUGACCCAGCCAGCUGGUGGCGUCAAAUACGAGAGCGUCAAAGACUGGAUCGGUUAAAAGUUCGUCAAAAUACGAAGGACCUGCGCGGAGGAGCCGACGUGGAUAAACAUUUUUCUCCUGUCGUUGCUCGGAAGACAAGUCUUCCGAGAUAAUCGUCGGCUUUGACCGCACGAAAGCGCGCGCAGCGGUGCACGCAAAUUUGUGAGCGAAAGACCUUGACGAGCAAACUUAAUAUACGGCAACACUUUAAUGACGCUCGAGUCCGCCUGUUGAGCGCGCGAGUCCUCGCGUUCAAAGUUCGAGGAGAAGACUGUGAACUUGACAUAUCGCGUCACGACCUCUACCUCCACAGGCUGUCGCCGAUACAAUAAGUAGGCUCGUGCUCGAGAUCGCGUCGCUUUUCUCGUUUAUCAAAGUCCUCCCGACCUCCGGCUGUUCCGCCCCCAUGACAUUUUUCGAAAAAGCAAUCUCUUAUUUAACGAGCGAGGCCAGUAAAUAACGACGCGUCGAUCGAAAAUGUGAACUAUGCGCCUGAACGGGAGAUGUCGAGGUGACGAUCCGCGGACGCUAGAAACGGUGACAAGUCGAGUCAACGGCUCGAUCCUGAAGCCCACAAGAGAUGCACAUCCGGUCGCAACGCUUGGGCGCACGUGGAGUCUUCAUGGGCGCGCAGAAGUGGGCGCAGGAGUACGACUCCACGUUCACUAAUUUGCACAACAUGGCCCGCUUCCAGCAGAAGCAGCUGCAGGAGAAGGAGCAAAAGCUGCUGCAGCUAUACGACCAGCAGCAGCAGAGGGCCUAUCAGGUGGUGCAACGCGGCAGCGCCGGCUCCAACGGCUCCAAUCAUGGCUCCACGAUUAAAAGUACCACGACUACGCAUAUGACCUCAACCUCGCAAGGCGGUAAGGUGAGGCAAAUGUUCGACGAAAGGCGGCAGACCACCGUGAAGGGAAUCGACAGGAGCUACCCGCUCGAGCCGCUGGAAAACAAGCUGCGAAAGCAAACGACGAACGGCCUGGCGCCGCAGCGAAACGGCAAUCUGACGACGACGACGACGACGACGACGGUGAAUCGACAGUCCGUCAGCGUGAAACGCGCGGCACGCUCGGACGUCAACAGCAACGUGAACGGCGGCAAGCCUGUCGUUUCUUACCGCGAGGAUGUCACUCGCGAGUCAUUCGGCCCGUCCGUACACCGUCACGAUGACGAGGACGAAUUCGGCAGCGAGAACCACGUCACCACGUUCGCCAACGGACAUCAUCGUCACGAUCUUGACGACAAUGAGGAUGAAGCCCUAGACCAAGAGACAAUGGAGAGAAAUCGCAUGAUGGCGAAGAUCCACCUGAUGGGAUUCGACGAGAGCCUGAAGCAUCGCGUGAGAAACGACUUGGAGAGCGAGCAGUUUCCGGAGUACCUCAUGGUGGACGUGCCCGACAAGCUGCCGAAGAGAAACGUCACGAAGAAACUGUCGCAGGCGGAGGCGCGACUCGAGCGAUUCAAGAACGCGAACGCAAAGAGGAGCAGCAACAACGCGCCGAAGGCAUCGGCCACGACCGGCGCCGCGGUGAAAAGGCGAACGGAGCAGAUGUUGCCGGCCAGGUCGAGCUCCAGAGGGAGCGAGACCGCCGACGGAACAGCUUCUUCGGGCAGCGCGAGAAGCGGAGCUUGGGAGCGCGCUCGAGGGAAUCCCGGCAAUGCGAAGGAUCCUCCGUCCGCGCCGCCACCGGUGACGGCGAGGACUCGCGCAUUCGCUCGGUCACACAUCGCCGGCGACGAAGCGGGCCGGACGCGAAGAGAGAGCCCGGACACCGAGACGCUCCGCCGCAGCGAUGAUCCCCCGCCGAGAGGCUCCCCGGGCAGGUUCGGCAAAGCCCCGGCGGCGGCUUGGAGAAGUUCCUCCGUCGACAAUUAUUUCAAAUCGCUGACGUCCGACGGGAAGAUAAUCAUGAGACGCGGCGCGAACCCGCGCUCCGCGCUCGGCGUCGACCUAAGAUCGGCGUCGGGGGACCGGCAGACGCGCCGGGAGACACGCGCCAGCCGAAGCACGAGUAGUCCGGGAUUCCUGCGCAGGGAAGGCGAGAGGUCCACGACGAGUAUGACGGUCGAUCGGGGGGGAGCCAGGGCGCCGACGGUGUCGUCGCUCGCCCGGGAGAUAUUAACGCGGCGAAGCGGACGAGCCGAAGAGAAGACGAGUACGACGAGCAUCGAUCGGAAGUACGCGGAGCUGACGCGCGACGAGCGCUCGCCGAGCCCGCAAUUUUCCUCGGCAGAAUCCAGAAAGUCCGACGCGACGGUGACCAUCGGUCGCGAGGAGGUCAACCUCAGACCAACGUCGGCCGACCGACAGACUCGCGCCGACCGAAGUACGAGUCCGGAAUUCUUCUGCAGAGAGGACGAACGGUCGGCCACGACCAUGACGCUCGACCGAGAAGGAUCCACGUCGUCGUACGAUCGGGAGACAUUAGCGCAGCAAAGCAGGCAGUCCGAAGAGAGUGUCGACCGAAGGUACGCCGAGAUUACGCGCCACAAGCGUUCCCCGAGUCUGCCAUUUUUCCUCAAAGAGUCCGGGAGAUCCAGCGUCGGCCUCAGAUCGGCGUCGGCGGAUCGGCAGACGCGGGAAACUCGCGCGAGCUCCAGCACUAGCCCGGAAUUCUUCUGCAGAGAAGGCGAAAGGUCGGCCACGACCAUGAUGAUCGAUCAGAGAGUCAGGGCGCCGACGUUGUCGUCGCGCGCUCGGGAAAUGUUAACGAAGCAAAACAGGCGGACGGCAGGAGGCACGAUGAGCAUCGACCGAAAGUCGUACGCGGAAAUCGCGCGCCGAAACGAGCGCUCGCCGAGUCCCCUGAGUCGACUUUUCCCGCGAGAACCCGGAAAAACCGGCGCGACCGUGAGUCGCGUCGGUCGCAAGGAUAUCAAUCUCAGAUCGAUAUCGGCUGACCGAAGUCCCGAGUUCCUCCGCAGAGAAGCCGAGAGAUCGGCCACGAGCGUGAUGGUCGAUCGGGGGGCCGGAUUCAAUUCAUCUCGCGACCGAGACGUAUCAACGAAGCAGAACAAGCGAACCGAGGAAGUCAUGACGAGCAUCGAUCGGAAGUACGCCGAGAUUACGCGCGACAAGCGCUCCCCGAGUCGGCAAUUUUUCCUCAGGGAGUCCGGGAAGUCCGACGCGACGCUGAGCAUUGACCGCAAAAAUAUCAAGCUUAGAUCAACGUCGGCCGAUCACGCACGGCAAACACGCACGAGCCCAAGUCCAGAAUUUUUCCGCAAGGAAGGCGAAAGAUCGGCCACGACCAUGACGCUCGCCCGGGGAAGAUCCACUUCAUCUCGCGACCGCGAGACUUCAUCAGCGAAGCAAGGUAGGCGAGCCGAAGGAGCCACGACGAGCCUCGAUCGAAGGUAUGCGGAGAUCACGCGCGACAAGCGCUCGCCGAGCUCGCGCUUCUUCUACAACGAGUCCGAAAAAUCCGCCGGCGCGACGCUGAUCGAACGAAAGUCAAGCUCGACGGAGACCGCUAAGAGUAUCCUGAGACGGCGGAGGCACACUUCGGACACUUCCUACAAACCACUCGCGGGACUCUCGUCGCCGCGUAACAAAGGAGCUCGCGCCACGCGAGUCAGACACACUCCGAGUCCUUCGGUGGCCAAAAGCGAGGCGAAGAGAGGCCUGAAGAGAGACGAAGCCUCUCUCAGGGUCGUCAGAUCAGACAGUCGUAGAUCAUCGAAGAUCUCGGAGGCCUCCGCGACUUCGGCCAGCUCGAUCGUGAGCUUGAAGUACGGCCUGGAGUUCGACAACAUCCUGCAAUCGGCGGGCCUCGUCCGUAAAUUCAUGAAGACUCAAAAUGGAGGGCAACGUGACAAGGUGCAGCGCCUGUCGCCUUCAAAGCGCGAUAUCAAGAGUGUGAGCGCACGGACGGGGGUGAGAAACGAGGGUCAAGCGAGGAAUCGAUACAAAGUUUCCGCGCUCUCGCAGAAGUCGAGGUCGCCGUCUGGCGACAGCAAGGGGAGGGCCACGCCGGAGUACUCGCGCAAGAGCGUCACUCCCACGGAGAUCGACGUGGAAAUUCAGGAGAUCACCAUGACCGAUCACCGCAUGGAACGCUACGAGCCCCGGAAGGAAUCGAGCUCGGAGCAAUCGAAGAGCAGUCCGACGAUCGAUUUCUCAAACGUUUCGAGCGCCUCGAGGAAAAUAAUUCCUCCGACCAAAGGCUACGGUCGGCGGCAUGACGUAAAGUCGAAAACCCCAGCGCGACUCUCGCCCUUGAGGAGAGCCACUCGCCGCGGCGCCGACGUCCUGAGGACUUCGUUCUCCCGAAGAGUCGCGGAUCAGGAAUCUGCAUUCAAGUAUUCCACGUAUACUAUCAAGGAUAGCAGGCGCAAACGCCAGAGUCUGUUGGCCGCGAAGGAAGGAUCAUCGCCGGACUCGAUCGAUGAUAAGUCGAAGGACACCGCGAGAGAAUUCCCGAAGACGACGCGACGAGAGGACGAGUCCGGGAAAGAUAUCGAGAGAAUGGACUCAUUGACCGUCCAGGAGUCGACGUCACGACCAGUCGAUUCCGUCACUGGGAGAUCCGAGAGCUCGGCCCGAGCGUCGUCAGAGAUCUCCUUGCGAACGAUGAACGCGCAAACGAAAACUCCCGCCGAGGAGCUGAAAGCUUCGGCAAGAUCAACGGCGGACUCCGGAGUAACGAGAACCUCCGCGACCUUAAGAUCAACUCUGCGACCUGCAAAGACCGGCAAAGGCGCGAGUAAAGUCGAACACGUCGCGCGUACAUGCGAUCUUAAAACGACCCUCAGCAAGGUGAUUCGUCCUUCCGGAAGAAUGACCAAGACCUACCGAAGCUCAGCCGCAAGCGGCAAACCAGUCUCGACGCAGAGGCGAUCGCCCACGUGCAAGCGGCAGCUGUUCGAGUCCGACUCGGAGAAGGAAACGCGCAGCGUGCGAACGAGUUGGAAUUUCGCGAGAACGCGGAAGAAAGAGACUCACUUCUCCGCAGAUGUUCGAUCUCGCAGAGACGCAGCGACGACGUCGAAGGUCGUCAAGUCCCUCGGGGGCUUCGACGUAGCGAAGAGGUCCUCACGGAGGCCGGAGGAGACGCCGGUGAUCUCCGUGAAACCGCUACGAUCCAUCGAGGACAUUCGGAGGUCGAUCGAUUGUCACGAACGAAGCGCACUGACCGCUACGAAAAAAAGGUCGAGGUCGGCGAUUGCAAGUUGGCGUUCCUCAACGUCGCGAGAGAGUGGCGAUGCGAGAAGAACGAUCUCCGCGAGCGGCACAGCGAGACGCGUGUCUCCCGAGGACCAGCCCGCGAGAUUAACUAAAGUUCAAUCCUGUGUCCAAUCCAGGAUCGCGAAGAGCCCGAGUCCCGACGCGAGGAGCCCGAGGAAGCAGCACGAAACGAACGCGCGAGCGACGCGGGGAAGCGCUCCUUCGUCUCCCUCCAAGAGUCCCGAUAAUAUGCAUGUCGCUCCCAGGCGCGGAUCCACGGAGCCGAAGAAUCCAGACGCGAGACCCGCGAGAAGGUCGGUUGUCGCGAGAGCCGCGGAAUCGAUCGGGAAUAAAACGACGACCGGAGCGGCGGACACGAUCGACGGCGUCGUUCAACGGAACGACUCGUCGCACGAAUCGGCCACGAAGAAAUCCGACGCCUUUGUGAUCGACUUGGACGAUCGACCGAAAGAAAGCGACACGACACCCCCGAAGAAGGCGACGUCGAUGAGGAGGUCCUCGACCGAUAAGUACCCAACAACCUCGAGCGCAUCGGGCAGACCAACUUCGUCGGUAUCGUCGAACUUCAGCAGUGCUGGCACGGCGCAUAGUCAAACGUCCAGUACGAAAAGUAGAAUGGCCACGAAGACCAAAACGCCGGUUUCCGGUGGAUCGCAGGCGAGGGGACCAUCCUCAGCGAGGACGGGAAAUGUCAACUCCGGGGACAACUUGACAACCUGCAACACAUGCGGGCGCAGCUUCGCGCAAGAUCGAGUGAGCCUGCACGAGCAGAUCUGCGCGAAGACGAUGAACAAGAAGCGGAAACAAUUCGACGCGAUGACGUUCCGCGUGCGGGGGACCGAACUCGAGCCCUUCGUGAAGAAAGGCAUCGCCAAGAAGCAAGAGUCGAAUACGAAGAAGCCGGGGCUGAAGUCGAACUGGCGACGCAAGCACGAGGAGUUCAUCGAGGCGAUUCGUUCCGCCAAGAUGGUGCAGUCGCACCUGGCGGCAGGUGGGAGCCUGAAGGAUUUGCCGCCACCCCCGCCCAGCGACACCAGCGAUUACAUCCAAUGUCCGCACUGUGGAAGGAGAUUCAACCAGGCCGCCGCGGAGCGGCAUAUUCCCAAGUGCGAGCACAUGCUGCAUAACAAACCGGCGCACGCACGAGCGGCCAGGACGAGACGCUAGCGAUUAAAUUACAGAGUGCGAUCCGGCUCGGCAGAGCCCGUGUUCUCACCUAACUUCUUCUCCUAAACGUCGCUCGCUGAUCAAUUCAGCGCAGUCGAGCAGGUGCCUUAUAUUCGAACUUGGAAAUUUUCGACCGAUGUAAACGUCUCUCACUUUCUCUCUUUCUCCCCUCGUACGAACGGGAGAGCGGUGAGAAGUUGAAGCUCUUCGAAACGUCCGCGAUCUGCCGAUUUCUUUUCGUCUGUUGAAAAUGGAUAUGAAGAAAAGAAUAAGAACUCGUUGUGAUCAGCCACCUUGAAAAAAUGAAUCAGGCACAAUUUGAAAAUGAUAUCUUGGAGCGCGUGUCGCUGCGACGAUUAAUAUAGAAACUUCGCGAGCUAAGAAGCCGUAAUAAAACAAGCGGGAGCACAUCGCAUUAAUGAAUCAUAUGGAAAUUAUGUACAUUAACAAUGACAGCGGCAUGCACAGUCGCAGAUGCGAGAUAUAUAUAGUUCGGCAGCUGCAUCGAUAGGCAAUUCGCAGCGUUUGAAAUCAGGUAGUCACGCCGAGAUCAUGAGUGUCGCUUAUUACUCGUAAAACUACUGCCGUUCAACGGCGGCUUUGACUAACUGUUGAUCAGAUUUUCUACUAUCGCGUUGACUUUUCUAUGCAUUAUAAUCGAGCGCAUUUUUAUAACCGCAACAAUCAUGUACAAUACGCAGAUGCGAACAUGCGCUGAUGAUGUACGUGAAAUUAAUGUAUCGUACAGCACGAAUGGCAAUAAAAUCGGGAUUCUUGUUUCGUAGGAAUGAAUUCCGUACACGAUGCGAA